AUGGAAUCAGAAUCAAAUAAACAUCCGUACGUUCAGCAAGAUGGAAUUUUGUAUAAAUUGUUACAUAGAACUCGGGACGGUGUAAAAUCAAAAUUAAUUUAUCUACCCAGGUCAAUGGUGCAAUCUGCACUCCAUGCCUAUCAUGAUCAUCCAACGGCAGCACAUUUCUCAGCUCAACGUACAUAUUUUAAAAUGAAAUUUAAAUAUUGGUGGCCUGACAUGCAAAAAACAAUUGAAGAUUAUGUGAAUUCAUGCAUUAUUUGCAAACAACAUAAUUACAGAAGACAGAAAGCACCCGGAUAUCUGCAUCCAAUUCCACCGCCAUCUGGACCAUUUCAAGUACUUGGGAUGGAUUUCUGUGGACCAUUUGUCACCACAUCCAAUGGUAAUAAAUAUGUUUUAUGUUUAACCGAUCAUUUUACGCGAUGGGUAACAGCCGUCGCCCUACCGGAUUGUACAGCACAGACCACAGCGCAAGUGAUUUUCAAUGAAUAUAUUUGCAAGUAUGGUAUUCCAACAACAAUUUUAUCAGAUUGUGGAUCGCACUUCCAGAACCAGCUAAUGGUUGCUUUGACUCAACUUUUGGGAUACAAUCACAUUUAUUCAACCACGUAUCAUCCUCAAACGAACGGUAUGGUAGAGAGAUUCAACGCUACAUUUGUCCCACAGUUGGCCAAACUUCAAGACGAAGAAUCCAGUAAUUGGGAUUCUUAUUUACCUUCUGUGGUAUUCGCAUACAAUACAGGACAACAUUUCACGACUGGCUAUUCGCCGUUUCAAUUACAAUAUGGUCAGAUUCCAAAAUUACCACCUGAUGAACCAUCACAGACGGUUAUUUUCAGCAAACCGAAUGAUUACUACCAAGAAUUAAAAAAAAAUUUGAAAAUUUAUCAUGAAAAGGCUAGAAGAAAUAUGUUACGUCAACAACAGCUUUCAAAGCAACGGUACGAUCAAGGAAGAAAAGAUGGGCAUUACAACAUCGGUCAAUUGGUUCUAACCAAAACUCAAGGAAUGCGCUCGAAAUUACAAGAAAAAUUCCGUCUAGAAUUAUUGGCGAAAAGCAUCCAGUAUAUUGGGUGGAGAAUGUAG